ACUCGACUGCACGAUCGUCGGAGACAAUACUUGUCUUCUCCUCUGCCCUCGUACGAAAAGCGAGCGAGCGAACAAGCGAGAGGGAGAAGAGAAAGAGAUGGCCGUCGCGAUCAUCGCCCGUGUCCUGAAUCUGGUGGACUCCCUUGAAGCCUUCAUCCGGGGAUCGAACGCCUUGCCGCCGUGCAUCCCCGGGCUGCGGGAAGACAUCGCCGAACUGCAGCGGACCUUGACGAGCAUCAGAUCCGCCGUGCACGGUGCGGAGGAGGAGCAGACCACCGACGAGUUGGCCAAGCGCUGGCUCGCCCAGCUCAGGGCCUCGGCCUACGACGCCGAGGACGUGAUGGAGGAGUUCAAUUACCAGCUCCGGAGCACGGUCGAUGCUGCCAACCCACCUCUUUCGGCCCCUCCUGUCGCCGACGUGGCUCCUUUGGUACUCAUCACCCUGGCUGUGGGGUUGAAGGGACUAAGGGAGAGAUUUCAGGAGAUAUCGAGGGUAAGGGAAGUCGUUCAAGCGGGUGAGGAAGGUGGAGCGAAGCGUGCCGAUACCCGAUGUUGGCGGCCGACUGGCGGCCUCAUGGAUGGCGAAUCCCUUGUGUUUGGCAGGGAUAAAGAUAAGGAGGAGAUAUUGAAGCAGCUGCCGCCGCCGUCGACUGAUGGGGAGUCGAAUGCCGCGAAGUUGACCGUGCUCCCCAUUGUUGGGAUGGCAGGACUAGGGAAGACAACCCUUGCACAACUGAUCUACAACGAUGAUCAAAUGAAGCAUUUUGAGGUGAGAAUGUGGAUCCAUGUCUCCCAAGACUUCGAUGUGAUCAAGCUGACAAGGGCAAUGGUGGAAUGCGCGACAGGAGAGCCUCGCCUUCUCUCGGAGCUGCAUCUGCUCCAAUCCGAACUGGAGGAGAAAGUAGCAGGGAAGUGCUUCUUUCUGGUGUUGGAUGACGUAUGGGACGACAGCGGAAGCCACUGGGAGAACCUGCGAAUCCCUUUGCUUUCGGCACACAAAGAAAGUAAAGUUCUACUGACCACCAGGAGUCACAGUGUUGCAAAGUCCAUGGGCACAAUGCCUUCCUACAAUCUGGAGCCUCUUAAGGAUGAUGACUGCUGGUCAUUGUUCUGCGAAAAAGCAUUCCAUGGCCAAACACAAGAUAAAUGCCUGGUAAAAAUCGGCAAGAAAAUUGUCCAAAAGUGCAAAGGUUUGCCUCUUACCUUGAAAGUGCUUGGAUUGCUUUUACGGGGUGAAGAACAUGAGGAUAGAUGGUCUGAGAUCUUAGAGAGUAAUAUGUGGGAUCUUAGUGGAUGCCAAGACAGCAUCGUACCCAUCCUCAGGCUGAGCUACCUACAAUUGCCGACACCAAUAAAGCAAUGUUUUACUUAUUGCUCGAUAUUUGGAAAAGGGCACCAGUUUUUGAGGCAGAAGACUGUCCGAAUGUGGGUCGCACACGAUUUCAUUGAGACUGAUGGAAGAAGAAAGGUAGAGGAUGUCGGUUGUGAAUAUUUUGAUGUUCUGCUCUCACGAUCUUUCUUCCAGCACAGCAAAGAAGAUGGAUACUUUGUCAUGCAUGACCUUGUUCAUGAUCUUGCUGUAUCUAUUUCCGAAGGCGAGUGUUUCAGGAUGGAUGUGCUUCCUGGUAAAGAAUGUAGUGGGAUGGAGGUAGACAGGGAACUCAAUUUCCCUAGAGGUGUUCGGCAUUCUUCAUUGACCUUUUGUUCUACUUCCACUGAAGCAGACUUUCGACCCCUUUUUGCAGCCAAAUCAUUGCGGACAUUGUUCUUGAACUAUACUUCAGGGACUUUGAUCAAGCCUUUAAUGCAUCACCGACAUGCUAAUGUCCUGAAUGAUUUGUUCAUAAAGUUGAAAUAUCUACGAGUUCUAUUUUUGGAUUGUACAUUUUCUCCUAGGUUACCUGAUUCAGUUGGCAACUUAAAAUUUCUCCGCUAUCUUGGUGUUGUGAGUGUGAAUUUGAAAAGCUUUCCACAGUCAAUAUGUGCCCUCGAGAACCUCCAGACGUUAGAAUGGGAUAGUGCAGAGAAAAUCAUGCUUCCUCAAGGCACAUCAAACUUGAUUAACCUAAGAUGUCUUGAUGGUCCAUCUUGUGCAGCAUUUCCAGAGGGAAUCGGAAGAUUAACGAAACUUCAACAGUUGCCAGAAUUUCAUGUGCCCAACAGACAUGGUUAUGCAGGGAUGGCAGAACUCAAAGAUCUAGCAGAUCUCCAAGGAGUACUUAAGAUACUGAAUUUGGAAAAUGUUACUUAUCUGGAAGAUGCAAUGAAGGCUAAUUUGAAAGGCAAACCAGAUCUAACCACUCUGGACCUGCGAUGGAGUAAGGAUAGUGGAUACUGGGAUAAUGCUUCUGCAGUCCUUCAGUGUCUCCAGCCCCACACUAAUAUACAAGAAGUCAGGAUACAUGAAUACAAGCAUGAUCACCUAUCAGAAUGGCUCUGUCAUCCUUCAUACUGCAAAUUAGUCACCAUUAGACUCCAGAGUUGUAUGCUUUCGGCUCUGCCAUCAUUUGGGCAACUCUUAUCCCUCAAGCAUCUCUCUUUGGACUACAUUAGAGGACUGGAGUAUAUUGGCCCUGCAUUUUUUUGUGGCGGAUUUCCAUCACUUAAGAUACUUCAACUGAAUGGGAUUGAACAUUUGGUAGAAUGGUCUGGGGCUGAACAAGGUCACCUCCCCCAACUUAAUGAACUUGUAGUUCUAAAUUGUCAGUUUCUGGAGCGCCUUCCACUGAACAACUUGACUGCUUUACAAAUACUUUGGAUCUCAUAUUGUUCAAAUCUCCAAACAUUAUAUUAUGAGAGCUCUCCCCCUUUCAUUGGCAUACAACAACAUGGAUCCAUUAAGCAUCUUCAGAUUGUUGGAUGCCCCAAGCUCAAGUUCUUACCAGAGUAUCAAAUUCCAGCAAGCCUUCGAUUCCUUGUGGUGAGCAGGUCUUCCUUGCUGAUAAAUUGGUGCCACAGAAAUUUCAGCAAGUUGCUGCAUGUCCAAAAAAUACGAGGAUUGGACUCAAUGGAAGUAAUACUAAAUGAUAUUUUUACUGUUGAAGAGGCAAGAAAUGCGUGUUUGAACAGACAAUGCAUAUACAUGUUGCAUUUGGAAUGGGAACCUUCUCUGGAUUCCACAGGUUAUACAUAUGAUGAGGCUAAUGAAGUGCUUGAGUGCCUUCAGCCAAGUGCCACCCUGAACAGACUUGCUAUAAGAGGUUACAAUGGUUCGAGUUUUGCUGGUUGGCUUUCCAGUCCUUCCUUCAAUCUGGUAAGCAUAAGACUAGAGUCCUGCCCUGAAUGCAAGGUUCUCCCUGCUCUAGGCCAACUGCAAUACCUCAUGGAACUAUACCUAGAGAGAUUGCAUGGAAUAAAAUCUAUUGGCCUUGAGUUUUAUGGGAAUGACACAACGAAGGGUUUUCCGUCGCUGAGAAGACUUGAACUGAUGAGCAUGGCUGGUCUGGAGGUAUGGCAGGGAGCAUCAGAUGGUGAAUUUCCUACCCUUCGACAGCUUAUAGUAAGAGAUUGUAUCAAGCUGAGGGGCUUGCCAUGUCUCUCACCUUCCGUGCAGGAAAUAAAAGUUGAAAAUUGUCAUGAGCUGAUUUUGGACUUAUCAUCCAACCUGAGCUCACUACUCAAUUUGCAUGUUUCCAACAUUUCAGUGAUGAAGGAAUUGCGCAAACUCUCUUACCUCUCAGUGCUUGUUGUAGAGAAAUGCAUGAGUGAUACUCUUGCUGAGCUUCCAACCCUCCGUGACCUGGUGGUGAGUGGAUGCAAUGAGAGGAUGUUGCUUGAUUCAUUACCAGGUCUAACUGCUCUCACCACCUUAAAGAUUUCCUGCCUCACAAACUUGGAAUCCCUACCAUUGCAUAAUUUUAGAAUACUUGAAGAACUUGUUAUUUCAGAGUGCCCAAAGCUCAUCUCUAUUGAAUGUUUCCAAACCUUUUCUUACGAGCCCUAUUAUGUAGAUGGUCUACUGUCACUUUCAUCUCUGAAACGCAUGACUAUUACUGGUUGCCCUGAACUCUUCUUCUCCGCAAGUGAACAGCUGCCACCCACACUUCAAUCUAUUAGGAUCUCUGGUUGCCGCUUGCUGAGAACAUGGUACCAAAGAUAUUCAAGCAGGUUCAAUGUAAGUGGCAUCGUUUUUGAUGAUUAGUGCUGAAUUGGAACAGGAAAAUUUGACUGGCCAAGAGAUUUGGAUACAAAGGGAAAAAGUUUGGUGUUAUUUCUAGAGAAUAAGGAAAAGGGCGGAUGGCAGCUAGCACGUUACACUUCACUGAAUCAUAUAUACCGCUGAUCUUCCUGGGCUAUUGAGAUGAUGAAGACAUACUGAAUUGAGCAUCCAUCAGUCAAAGGUUAAUUUACUAAAUUAUACUGCUUAAUGUGAGCUAAAAGCCUCUUGAAACUGGAGGACCUGCUUAUAAUACCGGCUGCAUGUGACCAAUGUGGAUGGCAGAUUAGAGGGGAGGCAAAAGUUUUCAUUUGACAAUGAUUUAUCAUGAUCCUUCAACACUUUACAGGAUUCAAAGAUUAAUGAAGUGCAGAGAGGAUUCAAAAUGUUGUUUCAGUUUUUGUUUUCUUGGAACAAUGUUUACAUUCAGAAUCUGUGAAGACAUUGUAAUGGAAUGUGAGAUGCCAAAUACUAUGGAUCUUUUAACUUGUCUCCAUCAAAUGAAAUGUUUUUGUGCUUUAUAA